AUAGCAUCUCAACUCGGCCAAAGAGGAAUUAGGGUUUUAAUAGCAUCUCAAUUGGAGAGCAAAACAGAUUCGUGCUUCGCCGGAACCCUAAUUUGCUUCUCCGAUCAUUCUAUUGGAGUCUACAAAAGGGACAUAUGUAAAAGAGUGGGUUAAACUCUACCACUAUACUCUGUACGUUCAGAUUUGCUAAGAAAGAUUCAAGAUUGGCAGACAAAUGAUGGAGUUCAGCCAAGAAGAAGGGCUUCGUUUUCAUCCGAAUGAUUCUGAGUUACUCAAGUUCCUUUUAAGGUUUAUUGCUGAAAAGGACUUGCGUGACAAUGGCUUCAUUACUGUCCUUGAUAUAUACCAGAGAGAACCUUGUGUAAAUUAUGGCAUAGGCCGCCAUUGUGGUGGAGAAAAGGACGGGCUUCGAUAUUUUCUUUCCCCCCUACAUCAUAAGAAGGAACAAGGGGGGGAGCGCUUUUGUAGGAUUGUCGGGGGAAAUAAAAAAAUCGGGAAUUGGAAGCUACUCAAUAAAGGCAAAGAAGUAGUGUUGAACUAUCAAAAUUUAGUAAUAAAGGGAAUGAAGAAAAGCCUUUGUUUUGAAAAUAAGUCCAAGUCUUGUGAGGGAAAGUGGCUUAUGAAAGAGUACAGUUUUUCUGGAGAAAGUUUGAAAAAAUUAACAAAAUCAAAGUUAAAAAAUUAUUGCAUUUGUGCCAUUAGGAAAUCCAACAGAAAAUCUUGUUAUGGUUUUGGCCAAAUUCAAGAUAUGGAAGAGACUCCUGUGUCUGUAGGAAAUCACGUGAUGGAAGAGUCUCCUGUGUCAAUAGGAAAUCCCGCAAUGGAGGAGAUACAGAAAGGUGAUGGAACUCAAGAAAGUGCUAAGGCUAAAGUGAAAGAGAGAAUGGAAAAGGCUUUCUUGGAUGGUGUUAUGAAGCAGGAUAACCCUAUUCUCCGUUGGGUUCUCAAGCGUAUGAAGGAAGUACAAAAUGAACUGUGUGAGAUGUCUCCUCCAAAUUGGAGGCAGGAGAUACUGGAAACGGUUGAUAUUGAUAUCCUAUCAGAGGUACAAUUGGAUAUCUUUCCACAAUAG